AAUGUAACAUUUCCUGUUGCCGGAAGUUCCUGGGUGAGGCUGUCAGUCAGUCAUAGCGUACACCAUCAGGCGAGACACUGUACAGAAUGGAGUCAGAUACUGACCCUGAUGCUAUCCAGCACCUGGACUCCGUCAUCAUGGAGGACAACCAGUGCCGAGGAAUCGUGAACAUUGAUGAGGCUGUCGCCCCUGUCAGACAUCGCCUUCACCGCUCAACAGUCCGGCCAUUCUUUUGUUGUGGGAGCGAGGUCUCCCUUGUUAGCCUUGUAGACUCGCUUGAUCUUGGUCCUUCUACUUCGUCAUCAUGUCUGACAUCUGAUACCAUGCUGCCACCUUCUGCAUCAGCAGGAACAAAGACAGAUGGCAGCUCCAGUGGCUGCAGAAGGACAAGUCUGAGAGGGAAAAGGUCUGAGAAAUUACAACCAAAUAAAUCCAAGAAAAGAUUCUGGAGUUUACGUGGAAAACUUGGAAGCAGGUUUGUCGGGCAACAUGCUCGAAAUGAUGUGUGCCAACAUCAGAUGAGUUGUCUGUGUUCAGCUCACAGGAAACGAGGGACUAUGCCAUGCCUGGGUCAUGAAGACUUGGCAUCUCAAGGUACGCUGCGUACCUCCGGGCAUCUGGGAGCCAUGUUGUCUGGAUUAAGAGUAGGGCAGAAUGCUGCUGUACCCCUAAUUGACAUUGCUAGGGUUAAUUUUGACGCUUUGUACCCCACUCAAGACAUGGAUGAGAUUCGCCGAGAAGAGAGAGCAAAAGAAAUCGAACAUGGAAUUGAAAUAAGUCCCCAACACUGGCCAGCAAGUUUGUUCAGUGUUGUUACACGUUCAGGCCCCAAUCAGCACAGAGGGAGGAUGAAUGUCUCAACCCGCCAUCAUUCACUUAGCUCUGUAUCGUUCCCUCCAUUUGCAAGUCUGACACCGUCCUCAUCAGAUUACGAGGAGUCAGUGUAUGGUGACAGUUCUGUGCUGUGUCUGCAGGCACUCGCCCACCAUCUUCCCGCAGUCCUGCAGCCUCCAGCUCCACUCUGUCAGCAGCCGUUGCAGCCAGCCGCCCACAGUCAGGUGGAGUACAUUCACUGCCUUGUCCCCGACCUCAUCAAGAUCAGCUGCUGCAGCUUCUACUGGGGAGUGAUGGACCGCUAUGAGGCUGAAGCACUGUUGGAGAAUAAGCCAGAGGGAACCUUCCUACUGAGAGAUAGUGCACAAGAAGACUUCCUGUUUUCAGUCAGCUUUAGACGCUACAACCGUUCACUUCAUGCUCGUAUUGAACAGUGGAACCACUUGUUCAGUUUUGAUGCCCAUGAUCCUGCCGUGUUUGCCUGUGACAGUGUAGUUGGUUUGAUUGAACACUACAAAGACCCUGAAUGUUGCAUGUUUUUUGAGCCUAUGUUAACGCUUCCCUUGAAUCGCACUUCUUGCUUCCCACUGAAGCAUCUCUGUCGUUCACAGAUAUGCAACAAUAUCUCGUACGAUGAUGUAAAUGUGCUGCCACUGCCGUCCUCCCUCAAGGAGUAUCUCAAGUACUAUCAUUACAAGCAGAAAGUGCGCGUCAAGAGGCUGGAUAUCCCCUAGCACUUCGUUUCUCUACAAUGAACUGUUCUGUUACCCUCUUUCUUCAAUGAAAAACAUGUCAUGUCAGAAUUCCUACAACCCACAAUUUGAACCAUAUUGGUGUGUUUCUAAGAUGAACUAUUUGGGCAUUUGGAUCUGUUUCUAACGAGCAAGCACUCAACAACUAGCAGUUCGACUAGUCGGUGUGAUGAACUACUUUUACAUGCAUUCACUGUGUCCGAAUGUAUAUAAAUGACUCGGUGAAACAAUCUGCAAUACAUUAAUUACACGCUACAUGUUAUGGCUAUCUCGCACAGAUACACUUGGUUGACAAAAAUAUUGUUGUUCUGGAGAGUGAAACGUGACUGUAUGAUUGUCCCGGUUUCUGUGGACAAGUCAGGACUUCGACCAUGGUGACUGAAAGAUUCAGGGAAGUGAUCACGUGUGUAUACCUACCGUGAAACACGGAGGUUCUGUUAUGGAUGUAGGGUGCAUGAUUUAAAUGAUGGAGCUCCUUGAUAAGGAUCUUACUGCAUUUGUCUCAGUUUAAUUUAAGAAGUUUGAACUCUACUGUACUAUUUGUUAUUAAACAUGUUGAAAUGUU